UCUGACACCCACCAUCAGUGUGUAGUGAUUCCCCAUAGGCUUUUUUAGAUGAACGUCAUCUAAAGAUCAUGUAUUAUGAUUAAAUGCCCUGACCUCUAUGUUGUAGGCUGUAAGAGCAAGCAUCUUGCAAGCAUUUUUGAGCUGCUAACUCUUUGUUUUUGGCUGAUUACAUCAGGUGCUUUUGUGGGAUUUUGGCUGGUAUCAACGUAGAAAUCUGAUUAAUGCCUGACUCAUGUAAACCCAGAGUUUCCCUACUUUUUAUUUGGAGAUCGAAAGUGAUCAUAAUCAGAUUGAUUGGAUCAUUAAAGUCUUGUAAAUGCUAUACUCCAAUUUCUUAAAAUAAGAUCAAGAAAUGUAUCAAUGAUUAAGAAAUCUGAUAAAGAAUGCCAGUGAUAUGGGAAGUCCUAAUGAGUGGAUUGUGUAAUUGGCUGUAUAAAGAAUACUCUAAAUUGAUCUGGUAAAUUGAAUACUUUAAAUUGCCCAGAAAAUUGAAUGUUCUAAAUUGAUCUGGUAUGUAUGUGUAAAGUGUGUUGUAUUUAUGUACAUGUGUGUGUGUGUGUGUGUGUGUAAAUGUAUGUAUGACUGUGCCCAGAUAUGGAUUGGCCCGAUGCAGUCCUCCAGGUGCACGGUUGUUUCCGGUUGAGAGUACGCUGUGUGCUAUUGGCUGCCGCUUCUCACCGGUGUGUGAAUGAGUGUUGAUGUGUAAUGUGCUUGUAUGUAAAAAAUGUGUAAAUUGUAAAGCAUCGUUGGCUUUCUAGAAAUUUGCUAUAUAAGUUCAACUUCAUUCAUUAAUUCAUUCAUAAAUUGUGGAGAAAAUGGAAAAAAAAUGGAAAUAAAAUUCUAUAAAAAAUAUGUUCAUAAAGCAUAAUGUUUGUUUUUUAUUUUUUUUACAUGAUAUUACAUCAUAUCUUAUUCUGUGAUUAUCAGAAAAAUCUGAUUAUUGCCUAGGUCAUUAUUUGAUUACCUAAGUUUGUGUCAAUGUGUUGAUCAGAUUACUUCAGUAGUUAGACUAUGAAGUGCACGUAACACACUUGACUCAAAUCAACAUAUUUAUGACAUUUCCAUGUAAGUGCAUGUACUGAACAGAGUACUGUACCACUCAAUUCAAACUAGUUCACCCCAGCCUGCUCUGACUGUGAAUAUGUGGUGUGUGUGCAUGUGCGUGUGCGUUUGAAUGUAAGAUAAACUGAGAGGUUUACCACAGAGGAAGGGGAGAGGAAGCACACACACACACACACACACAAAUACACACAUAUUCUCUCACAGACACACAGGGUUUAAAGAAACUAACUGUUAAAGAUGUUCCAGCUCAGCAGCUUCAGUAAACUCCAGUAAACUCACACAUGAGGAGAGAAACCUUCUGCUUGCUGGUGUGGUUCUUGUUCUGAUGGUUAGCGCUUCACAGUUCUGAGUUUCGCAGUAGUACUGAAAGUGGGGAAGGCCGUGCGAUGGAGGAUUGUAGGCGUGACACUGACAGUGGGUGACAGUUGCGCAGAAGGUGAAGAAACACCGAAGGAGCAUCUAUAGAGACGUUAUAUUACAUGGCACGUUGACUCUUUUAGUACAGAUGGAGGAGCUGUGGCAGCGUUCUGAAAGUGGCUUCACUGGAUGUCCUGGAAAAACACUGGUUCUGCUCAACUGACGUGAGACAAUGAAGGGACUGGAUGAUGAAUCCACAAGUAGUGGGAACAGGUCAAGCCCAGCUUACACGAUAACCAAUGGGGACUCAGUGACACAGAGACAUCCCAUGAGUCUGGUGCAGGGCCUGCGUCUGUGUCAGGAAGCUUGGAAUCCAGGGAGUCCUUGGGACAGGCAUGGAGCUCACGCUGCACUGUGGGGCAGACCUGCAGGGAGUUUUCUGGUGGUUCCUGACUCAUCCUCUGAGAAUAAAGUGCUGUGUGUGUCUGUCGGAGGCCAAGGCGAGACAGUCCAAGACUUUCCCAUUCUGCACACUGGCGUAGCUCUGCACCUCGCUACCUCUCACCUGGCCUUCUCUGACCUGCUGCAGCUGGUGGCCUUCUACACAUUAAGCAGGGACGUGUUACCUCUCUGUUUGGUGGUACCUGUAUGGGUGCAUAGUCUGGCUGACCAACCUGGCCACCCUGGUUCUCAGUUGGGUCCAAAGGCCUGGCUUUGUCCCUCAUCAGAUCUCCAGUCUGAAACAAUGAGUCCAGGAACACACGAAACCCCGGACACAGUCAUGUGCAGCAUACAGCUGACGACAGCCAGUGGAGCUCUCUGCAUCAUCAACCCACUGUAUCUGCAAGAGCAUGGUGAUGAUUGGCUCACGGGGCCUUCAGCCAACCCACAACUCAGUAAUCGUCCAGGACAUGGGAGGCGAGAGCGGCGGCUGAGUACAGCCAGAGCCUGGGGAGGAGGGGCGCUUAAGAAGAGAGGCGCGUCAUUGGAAGAGCCUGCUGUGAGUGCUGACAGCUCAGCAGGGUCACCUGUAGGGAUCCCUGCCUCUUUCGUGACUCCGGAAGGUGUGGUUCUGCGCAGGUUGAGCACUUCCAGUACUCCUGAUCCUCUGAAGAGGGUGAGUGCGGACUCUUUAGGCAGCCAGCCCCCUCAGUCUCCCCACCGGGUGUCCUGGGUGGAGGACACAUUCUGGUUAAAUGCCCCAACUCCCUCCACCUUACUCCACCCUCCAUGCCUGGAACUGGACUCUCUUUCAGUCAGCAGCAUGGAGGAGGAGCCUGAGUCUACCAUAAGCCCCUCCCAGUCACACCCGUCCCCCCGCCUCCCCCUGGCCAACAAGGUGAAAAACCGUCUGUCAGCAGUGGGUCUGGCACUGGGCGGGAUUGUAUCUCCUCAGCGGCGGCUGUACAAGCGGGUGCAGGAGAUGAGCCAGCGCAGAGACGGUCCUUUUGCUGAGGCCGUAAGGGGGUUUAUAGAGCAGAACCAGAAGACCGGGACAGUUUAUGGUGUGAGCAGCACAGAGAUGCUGCAGGAAGUGCGCACUACUCUGACAGGUCUGAGGGAGAUGCUGUAUGACAACCAUGACAUCCAGAGCAUCAUAGACUGCAUGGGGGAUGUGCCUGAUUUUGAAGUGGACGUCAUGUUAGAGCAUGCUCUGCAUAAGGUAGCCCUGAAGCCGGUGUACUCCAGUCUGUACGUGUGUAUGAAGGCAUCACGGCAGAACGAUGACAGCCUGCAGCGCCUGGAGGCCAAUCAGAAAACACUGUCGGGUCGCAGCCUGGAAGAACUGGAGGGCACGGCGGGGGCCGGGGUGCCAGACGCCGUAAUGCUGGAGAAGAUCCAGCAGCGCUGGUCCACCAUGCACCAGGCUUACUCCCCCAACAAGAAAGUGGACACUCUUCUGAAAGUCUGCAAAAACAUCUAUCACAGCAUGAGCGCCAACGCCAAGCCUGGUGUGGUUUUCGGGGCUGAUGAUUUCCUGCCGUGUCUGACCUGGGUGUUGCUGCGCAGUGAUGUUGCUACACUGCAGUUAGACACAGACUACAUGAUGGAGCUGCUCGACCCUUCUCAACUCCAGGGGGAGGGUGGCUACUACCUGACGUCCCUCUACGCGGCUUUGUACUACAUCAGCAGUUUCCAGCCUCGUCUGGCAGUGCGCCAGCUCAGCGCGGAAGCCCACAAGUCCCUCAGCCAAUGGCAUCGCAGGCGCACUCUCCACUGCAACCAAUCGCGACGCAGCAGGAAUCGCCGCACUUUUCGAAGGACUGCCCGUGGAGAAACAGCCUCGACAUCAGACGCCUCUAAAGAUGCAGAAGAAGGUUCUGGUAAAGCCAGAGAAGACUCUGAAGAUGAGUCAGAUAUUGAAUUAACCCUGCCCUGUGAUGAGACAGUGGCACAGCACAGACUGAGUAAAGAUCUGGAGAUUCUUGGGGAGGAAGAAGAAGAGGGAGAGGGGCAACUCAUGGAAGAGCAACAUUAGCAUAGUUUUUAAAAUGUUUUAAACCAGAAGCAGUAGAUGUGCUGUUUCUGCACUUUUCUACUGUCAUUCUAGAUCACAAAAAAAUAGGACUACCUGGAGCAGAUAAAAAUGAACCUAUUGGCACCAUGCCAAAAGCCAAGUGUGGGCUAGACUGUUGUAAAGCCCCAGGACUGAGCUAUGGACCAGUGAAACUGGGAUCUCUGGAAUGGUGGUGGGAGAUCCGUCCAGUACUUUCAGUACAAAAUAGCUAUUUUAUUAUUUUCACUGACUUCCAUCAAAUCUUCACAGCAAUGCUUCUAAAAGAAAUUUAAUAAAAACCUUUUACCUGGACAGUAGACACAGGAACUCCACCCAAAGCUGGGUAAAUUAUGUUUAAAACACUGAUUUCAGAAGAAACAUUGAAAUAUUUUGUCCAUUUGUCCAUGUAUAGACAAAUUUCAGCAAUUAUUAAAGUAGUAAAAUAGUAUUGUACAUACAGUAUGAAAACAGUCAUCCAUGGGAAAUGCUGCCACACUGCUAAAAAGCUGAAUGUAAGGGAGGCUAGCUGAGCAGUGAUUGGAGGACAAGUAAAAUAAGGCGGGGCUUGGGUUGGACGGCUUUGCAUGAUCAACAAAAAUGUUGGAAUUUUUGUAAAUGGACAAAACAAACAUAUGUAUGAAUGAAGACAAAAAGAAAACAGAAUUUGUAAUAAAAGUGUUUUAUAAUUUAACAAAAAACAUAUCCACUAUGUAUAAAUUACUACAUUCUCUGUUGUUUCACACCACAGAAGAGCUUGUUCUGUGCAGGCCUGAAAUCAGCCACGUCAGCCAUGUUCGUUUGCUGAUCAAAGGGAUUGUAGAUAUAUAUAUAUAUAUUUUUAUUGUGAAUUCAUUUGUUUUAAUAAUAAAAGUUGCACUUGUAAAUCAUUUCAAAUAAAAUAUGUAAAUGAGACAAGCUGUGCUCGUGAAU